AUGUGUUCCGCCGACAUCUUUCUCGGCCUUCUGGCCAUCCUCUUUCCGCCUUUGCCAGUCUGGGUGAAGCGUGGCCUUUGCUCUGCCGACUCGGUCAUCAACAUCCUCCUCUGCGUUCUUGGAUACUUUCUAAUGCGAACGACGCAGCUGCCUGGUCUUAUCCACUCAUGGUACAUCAUCGCUCGCUUCCCUGAGGAGCAGUACGACUACGAGCGUGGCUACAACCGGGAUGCCGAGCGCGUGACCUACGUUUUUGUCGCCGCCAACGGCGAGCAGCAGAACUCGCGCGGCCCUGCCCGCCAGCCCCGACCGAGCGCCAACAAGUCUGGCGCUGGCCCGACAUACGGCACCACCAACAACGCCACCAGCAACCAGGCCUCGAACUCGAGUCCGCCGCAGGGGACCAACGCUGGCGAGGGUGGCAGUGAUGGAACUGCGCCGCCGAGCUACGCCCAGGUUGUUGCUGGAGACAACAAGAUACAGACUCAAGACUAG